CAGCAGCAGCGACAGCAGCAGCAGCAGCAGCAGCGCCGCCGCCCGCUCCGCAGCGCAAGGGGAGGUGAGCGGCAGCGGGAAGCGGCGCCCGGCUCCUGCUCGCCGGGGCGGGGGCUGCGCGGUUCGCCUCGCUUCGCUUCGGCUCGGCGGCACCAGCUCCGGAGCGAGGGAUGGGGCUCCUCUUGUGAGACGCGUUCGCUCCUCGGUUUGUCUUCUUGCUCUUGUUUCACGAGAGGUGAUCCGAAGUGGCGGCAGCCUGCUGGCCAGCGCUGAUAGUUUAAGGAGCGUUGCGUUGUAGCUGCCCUUCUGCGGCGAACUGGGCUCGGUUAUAUGUGAAUAAGCAGUUUCAGGGGUUGCACCAGCUGGCAGAUUAAAAAAUAAGAAAGCAAGAAGCUGGAAGAGUUUUGAUCACCAGGAAGGUCUGAACCAAUGGACUGUGUGGAUAUAGAUAUGUUUGAAGGCAUCUGCUCUUCCCCUUACAAGAUGUAAACCAGCCUGGGGAGCUGAGAGGCAAGGCAGAGUGAACGGGUCUUGGAUUCAGGUCUGCUGUGCUUAUCUUCCAGCAGAAUCAUGAAUAAACUGGCAGACCAGCAGGACCACAUGAUACCAUGAAGAGAAGCUUACAGGUCCUCUAUUGCCAACUGUUUAGUGUUCUACUGAUCUUGGCACUGACAGAAGAGCUGGUGUUUUCUGUUCAGGUACUGUCUCCCACUGUCUCCUCCUCUCAGGGCUUCCCGAUGAACACUACAACUGUCACAGCCAUGGGAACAACACCUCACCACAAAGACCACCCCACAGCAGAGCCCCUUCCCACGUCUGCUCAAGCCAUGUCCCACCCCAUCAGCCUGGUGGAGAAAGGCCCUUCCACCGGGCAGGAGCGAGAGAGUGGCCCUCGCAUCGGUGAGAAGGAAACUUACCAUUUGUACAACCAGAGUGCUUUGUACUCAGGACAGUCUCGCCCCAAGGGGAAAAUAUUCCAGGUUUUCAAAGGCAACUUCUCAGAGUCGACAGAGCCUUACCUAAAGACAACCCUGCACUCUCCCUUCCCUACCCUGAGGAGCCCUUUCACAGAUCACCCGUUUCAGUCCCAGACCACAGCAUCCAGCGAUCCAAAUGGAAUGGGGCUGGCAAGAACUACACACUCAGACCCUUCUCCCCACCGCAACUCCUCGGGAAGCCUUAGGGAAGCAGAGCAAGGGGAUGGGACCGAGGUAGCAGUGCAGGAGGCAGAUUUUGCCACCACAACUGCUGGACCAUCAACUGAUCCUGAAGCAGUGUCGGUGCCUUUUAAACCCACCCACUAUGGCAUGUGGGAUAUGCUGAGCAAAAACAACUCUUGGGUAACCUUGAAUCUCAGUACAAAUGUCCCUGUGUUUGCUGGCUCUGGAUCUGCUACAGCAGCAGCUGGUCACUCGGUUCAGACCAGUUUUGACAUCAGCAUCUCAUCCUCGGCAGCGGGAGACGCCGAGGGACUGACUCCGACGCAGCACGGCACGGUGACCAAUUCCACGUCACCAGGCAGUGCUCUCUCCUCAGUGCCUGCCACCAGGUUGUCCAGCCCCACCUCCACAGCUGGCUCCACCGCCACCGGGAACUUCCUGAACAGACUGGUUCCUGCCGGGACCUGGAAACCAGGUGUGCAAGGAAACAUCUCCCAUGUCACCGAGGGCGACAAACCCCAGCACAGAGCAACCAUCUGUCUCAGCAAGAUGGACAUUGCCUGGAUCAUUCUGGCUAUCAGCGUCCCUAUAUCCUCAUGUUCAGUUCUGCUGACAGUCUGCUGCAUGAGAAGGAAGAAGAAGACAUCUAACCCAGAGAACAACCUGAGCUAUUGGAAUAAUGCUAUUACCAUGGACUACUUCAACAGGCAUGCUGUAGAGUUACCAAGAGAGAUCCAGUCACUGGAGACUUCAGAGGACCACCUGUCGGAGCCGCGCUCCCCGGCCAACGGCGACUACCGGGACAGCGGGAUGGUCCUGGUGAACCCCUUCUGCCAGGAAACGCUGUUCGUGGGACACGAGCAAGUCUCUGAAAUAUGACCCCUCAGCUGCCCCUGGCCUGCAGUUUCAUCUCUACCGUCUCCAAAUUAUAAAUAAAUAUAUAUAUAUAUUAUAAAUAUAACCUUUGUGUAACCCUGAACUACAAGAAAUGUUUUCAGCUUUUCUUUUGUCCCUCAGAAUUGUCAGACCCUUUUUUAUAAGUGUGGUAAAACUUUACAGAACAAACUGUGGCUUUAUAAAAUAAAGGUAUUUCUAAGCAAA